GCCCGCGGGCCGGAGUUUGGGGACCACUGAGUUAGAGAAACCUGCACCGGCUUGGGUAACCUGCUUUCAUACAGACUCAUCAGACACAAGCGCGCGCUGCUUUCAGAUGGCAGAGCAGGGCAGGACUGUGAGGGUGAGUGGUCUGCCUGCAGACAUCGAGGAUGACAGGCUGAAAGACAAGCUAUUAAUCCACUUUCUGAGAAGAAGGAAUGGAGGAGGGGAGGUCGAGUCCGUCAGCAUUGACAAGGCAACAUCAGCCUGUGCGCUUAUCACCUUUGAAGACAGUGGAGUGGCACAGGGCGUGAUUCAACAUGGCCGGCACAUUCUGGAGGUGGAUGGGAAGAAACAUAAAGUCGUCGUAACUGAGUAUCAGGAAAGCCUGGAUCCAGACAAGGUCAUCCCGAGUUUAACUGCAGCUGUCGACUACAGCCGGCUUCCUGGGGGAAUGAGUGCCCUGCAAAGCCUUCAUGAGAGCUUCCCUGAUAUCCAGAUAAACUAUCAGACUACAAAUGAGUUCUGCAUGUUGCAGGGGACUUAUUCUAAAGUCCAGGCUGCCUUGGCACAACUACUCGGUCAUCCUGGAGGCCUUCAGUCUGCAGAAACUUCAGACUCAGGUCAACCUACAAUCAGUGGCUCCUCGUUGGUUCAGAAAGCACAUAAGCCUGAUACACAUGAGUCAGAUCAAAGAAGGAAACCCAAUAAACAAAGUCAACAAAGGGAGAAAGAUCACAGUAGCAGACUGAAUGACGAGUACAGACCAAGCUCAUACAGGCACCUGACUACUGGUGGCUUUGACUGGGAAGAUACUGGACAAACAGAGGGUGCAGCUCUGCAGCCUGAUGAACCUCCUGAUGCCGCAGAUGAGGACUUAUCUCUUAUUGUUGAUGCAGACAUGUUCCAGUAUCUGCAGAGGCACUGCUCGAAGGACUACCAGAAGAUCCUCACUCAGUACAGUGUGGAGGUGUUGGAUGUGACAAAUCAGGGGUUGACUACUCUGUUUCUGCAGGUCGCGUCAGGAGUCGGGGAAGAUGGUCGGGAUCAGGAGCGCAUGAAGCUGGCAAAGAAGUCAAUUAGUAGGCUUUACCAAGAAAAUGAGGCCAAGAUCCGCAAAGCCCACCUCCCUAAAAUCAUCCUGUCCCCGAGGGGUGGACUGCAAAGGGCGAUAGAGAACUUAAGUGUCAGACUUCCCAAGCUUCUUCUUAAUGAAGACAAGCUAAAUAUUUAUAUUAUCGGGAGCAGUAGUGAUGUCUCUGAGGCCAAGCAGUUUCUCCUCCUGGACCAUGGAGAAGAAAAAGAGGAUAUAGCUAGUGUUCUUAGAUAUUCUCCAAAUGACUCAGGUACAUCAUCGUAUGCUGAUAAGCAAAUGUCCACCCUCACCUCUCCCUCCAGUGUAGAUCCUCUGGAUCCUCGGAUGGAUCAGCUGCUGAGGUCAGAAGAGGACGAGAAAAGAGAUGAAGGUGUCAGAAGGUUCAAGCUAGCGGCUCGAUUUAAGGAUUCAGGACUGGCUGCGUUAGGUAACCGGCCGACUGACUUCAGCUUACGAGGGCUCUCAUCUCCCAGAGGACAAGCACACACCGGUCCAAUGUUAGGCCAUGACGUUUUGUCAGAAGCAGCAGAUAUUCCAGGUGAAGGAGUCCCCAGAGCACUAAGCCAAAACACUGGAGGAGACAUCUUGUUCAGGAGUGGAAACUCUUUGCCCUCAGUUGCUCCUGUGAAGAAUAAAACUUCCUUGAACUCACAUUUAACUGAUACUCGACCCACGAGUCUAACAUCCCCACUUAUGGCAGCUCAGUCCAGUUUGUCAGGAAGCUCUCCACGUCCACCAGCUGGAUCUGGAUCCAGCCUAAAGCGAGCGAGCAGUUUCUCUGGGACGCCUCAGCAGAAAGCCCAGAUCAUAGGACAGAGGAGUCAAGAAGACUCUGGGAAGAUUAGAGCCAGGUCCUCUAGCUUUAGUAACCAAACAGGUGGGCACAAGCAGGAAGGGUACACUGCAGAGAUUACAGUUUCUUUUUUGAUGUGGCAGCACAUUAAAAAAGCCUACAGCACCCGAGUAGAAGACCUCACCUCUGAUGUUCAGAUCAAAGAGAGUGGCUCAAAGUUAGGCACUGAUCAGACCCUCACCAUAAGAGGGGCAACCUUGUCCAAAGUGGGUUCUUGUCAGCAGGGUUUGCAGAAGCUGGUUGAUUCUGUUAGUGUAGACUUUUGUGUACAGGAGCUUCAGCUGUCAGAGCUUGGUGUUAGUGACAGAGACGAUGAGGCCUUACAGGCUUGUUGUGAUGAGGUGCGUAGCCAGUUCAAGAAGGUGACCAUCCAGGCUAUGAAGACAAGUUUAUUUUUGCUUGGUCCCAUAUAUUUGUGUUCUCAGGUGGGUGCUUCACUGCGAGAGGUAUUUUCUGGAGUUUUGGCCCCAAACCCUGAACAACAUGACCUCAGUAGCCACUCUGCCUCCGGGUGGGAUGCCUCCGCUUUUUUACAAACCAAUCAGAACCAUGGUGCUGGUGUUCAGAGCUACGGUUAUUCAGAAGUGAUGCUAGAGAGACAUACAACUCAAGCUGGUGUGACAGGAAGUGGUCAUGAGAGGAGAAAGAAGCAUGGCGGUGACCUCCAAGAGACAGAACUUAUGAAUGGAUCUAUCAGCCAGUCACCGGUGAAGAAAAACGUUGUCAUUAAGGAGAAAGUGAAGCUUGUAGGUACAGCAGAGAUGCUUGGACAGAGGGCUGUAUCAGGAAAUGAUAGCAGUGUGAGUCAUGUUAACGGUGUUGGGUCAACUACAACUACGGGUAUCGAUGGAUAUUUGGUGCAGCUUAACAAAGAGACAACAACAAAUUCCAAUGUAAAGGAAAAUCUACAAAGAAGCAAAACAGAGACCCAGGACCCCCCAGAGGCGCCCAAGUCUGCUGCAGGAGGCCCGGGGUGCAUCUGUGUGUGUGGGGAGACCAACAAGUUGAUGGUGAGAACCAAGUGUGGAGCUUCCUUCUGCUCAAGCUGUCUGGACUCAGUGCAUUCCAAGUGUAGAGUUUGCCACGAGGCAGAGCUGACCCCACGGGGCAUCCGGGGAAAAAUGAAGUCCUCCAGAGUACCCAUCAAAAUUCCUGGUAGCAAGAAAGACUCUGCUAUCAAGAUCACUUACAUCAUUCCUGAUGGUAUCCAAGGGGAGGGUCACCCUUCUCCAGGAAAACCGUUCAAAGGAGGGAUUUUCGAAGCUUUCUUUCCUGACAGCGAGGAAUCAAGGAGGCUGCUGCCCAGGCUGGACAAAGCCUUCAGGAAGGGACUCACCUUCACAGUGACGGAGAAGGAAAAAGGGGCCCAAGUCUUUUGGGACUGCAUCCCACACAAGACCACCCUACAGGGAGGCAAAUCAGGGAGCGGUUACCCAGAUUCCUCUUACCUGACUCGGCUGUCGAAGGUGUUGACCUCCCAUGGGAUUGAAGAGCCACCUGCAAAAUCAGAGUAGAGUAACCUAAGGAGAUGACUUUAUACUGUUUAUAGUUUUUAAUGUUGUUUUUAGAAAGAGUUAUAAGCACUAUGUUUUUGCUCUGUUUGUUGUUCGAUGAUGUAUAUUUUCAGAUAAUAGUUUUAUAUCUUUCAUCACUGUUUUGGAUCAUUUGUAGAUUUAUUUGAUUAAAAAAAAGGAGUACUGUUGUGUAAAGUAUUCAUAAUGCUGUAUAAUUACCUGUAUAUAACAUUUUCUACUGUCCUCCAUAAUGUUCAGGAUGACCUAGAUUUAAAGAAUAACAGGAAGUUCAUAGUAAAAUAUCAGGAAGUGAAAUAAAUUACUAUUUGAAAGCC